GGAAAAUCAUCGGACCAUUAUAAUUCUUAGUUUCUUAGGGCAACCAAUCAGCGGUGUCCUUGAGGCAAUUGGCCUUGAACCUAGAAAUUUUAUUGUUCAGAGCUUGAUCGGUACCUACCAGACCCCGCCAAAAUUCUUGAACAGCGUAGUUUCGCCAGUGGACGGUGGACGUUGGACGUUACGUACAAACGAUACAAAUUACUCACUAAUUUCACCUCUCUUGCGACGUUACAAUACGCUUCCGAUUCAAUUCACAGAAAAUGCCUGGACGAACAAAGGCCCGCGAUGAUGCGCCCGAGGAGGUAGACACUUCCAUGGACGACGCUCCUACCUCAGCGCAGAGGCCUACCGAAGAAGAGAAUGACGAUGCUAUGGAGGAGGACGGGUCCGAAGGUGCCGAUCCUGAAGAGGAAGAAGAGGAACCCCAGCGAGUUAGGAUUCUUCCUGGAUCAUCCGAGACGGCGGCUUCCUUCGAAUUCCUCAAGGAGGGCCACACCCUUGGCAAUGCUCUGCGUUAUAUCAUCAUGAAGAAUCCUGAUGUUGAGUUUUGCGCAUAUGCUAUCCCCCAUCCCUCCGAGGAUAAGAUGAACUUGAGAAUUCAAACUUAUGACACAACAACCGCCGCCGCCGCCCUAGCCAAGGGUCUCCAGGAUCUAGAAGAUCUAUGCGACGUCGUUUCUGAUGAAUUCUGGAACGAACGAGAGAAAUUUGAAGCAACUCCAGAGCAGGCUCGCAAAAGGCAAGAAGAGGCGGAGAGCAGAAGACUGGAGUUAGAGGCAUAAACUAUCGGGUAAUAUCUCGAUUCAAUACGGAUGGCAUGGUAUCUGCGGCGUUCGGAGUGCAACAGACGACGGUCUUAGGUGGUAAAUUUUGCUUUGCUGGGUCUCUUUCUAUGUACAAUACAACGGGACGAUACCCAUAUCUAAUUGCGACCCUAGGGCGCUGUUAGCUAAGAACCUCUCGCAUCAAGGGCACCGAGAUAGAAACUUGCCUCUAGGAAACCCUUCAUGAAGUUGUUCGGCAAUCUGUCGGCUCCUCGGAAGUUCUCCUCGGGGAAGUAUGACAUGACAUGAUUAGUCUGCUUCCAGAAGUUCAUCGUUUCCU